AUGAACUCUUUGCAGAACCACAAUAAUGUUCUCACAGAAUAUAUAUCACAAAACUGGAAGAAUGAUGCCUUUUUUGGCAACCUAGUCCUUCAUGGCUGUAACCCAAUGAUGAUCGAGAGGUACACAGAAGAUCAGCAGAAAAUUCCAAUGGAGACUUUGGAAAAGGUGUACCCUGAUAUUAAGGGAAAUAUCCAGAAUGGAAGCAUCUAUGUGGUGGACUAUGAGAUACUGGAUGACAUUGUGGAAGGUAUAGUCAAGAAGUCACCACAGUUCUUGGCUGCACCCAUUAUGCUGCUUCAACAGACAGAGGAGGAGCUAAAGCCUAUUGCCAUACAGUUGAAGCAGAAGCCUGGAGAGCACAAUCCAGUUUUCACCCCACAAGACAAGCCUGAAGCCUGGCUCUUAGCCAAGAUCUGGGUCCGGAACUCAGACUUCUACUACCAUGAACUGGUUUCUCAUCUUCUCAGAACACAUCUGAUGGCGGAAAUAUUCAUAAUUGCAGGCUACUCUAUGGCUGAUCAACAUCCACUAUCACGGAUUCUUCGUCCAACUGGACGGUACACCUUACCAAUGAAUAUUACUGCCAGAAACACCCUCAUCAAUAAAGGUGGAUUUUUCAUGGAGUACACAGCUAUUGGACAUGAGCAUUGGGAGAUUUUAACAAGAGCAACUGAGAAGAUCACCUAUGAGAGCCUCUGCCUGCCAGACAAUGUGAAGCACCGUGGCAUCGAAAAUCUGAAGAACUUUCACUACAGAGAUGAUGGCAUGGACAUCUGGGAUGCAAUAUAUGAAUUUGUUCAUGGAGUGGUGACUGGAUGUUAUAAAGAUGAUGAAGAUAUACAGAAGGAUCCAGAGCUCCAAGAAAUGGUGUUGUUCAUAUACAAGUAUGGAUUUCUGCAUAAGUCAGAUUGCCCCUCAAGCCUGAAAACAAGAGAAGAAACCAUUAAAUACAUCACCAUGAUUAUGUUCACGUGCUCUGUCCAACAUGCUGCUGUGAAUCAUGGGCAGUAUGAUAUCUAUGCAUGGAUGCCAAAUGGACCUACAACAAUGAGGAAGCCUCCGCCCAAGAACAAGGAGGUGACUGAAAAAGACAUAAUGGACACUCUUCCAGACAUUACCACAACACUUGUGGCUAUGGAAGUGGCUCAUUUCCUCAGCCAGGUUCCAAAUGACUUUGUGCCACUUGGAGAGUACCCUGAGGAAGUUGCUUAUGAAAGCCAUAUGAGAGAUCCCCUCAUGGAGUUCAAAAGCACGCUGAUGGAAAUUGGAGAGAAAAUCAAGAGGAGGUCUGCCUUCCAAGAGUUCCCAUAUGAGUACUUGGUCCCUGCUGGGAUAGAGAAUAGCAUCACUAUCUAA